UAUGGUUAUUGAUCUUUUAAGAGCUCUCACACGUUGCAUUUCUAUGCCAAAAAUAUAAGCCAUAAAUACAAAGCAUAGGCCAAAGGUGUGAGGAGGGUCCACAUUAGACAAAGUGAUGGAACCUUAUCCGGAAUGAGCCAAUGAAUUUCCACUAUCAAAUCACAUUUCUUCAAACAAUAUCCACCUGUAGAUCUCUACGCUACUGAAACAUUUUCACACUGCGUAUUUGUCGUUGCUUCUGUGUUUUCUCCAUUCAGAGUUAGAAACCAAUCAAAGCAUGGCUCAUUUGCUGACACCAGCUACCACAACUGCUGCAACAGCUCUCUCCACAAGGCCCCAGAAGAGGUCCUCCCCCCAUUCUUGGAAAAAUGGGUGCUUUCAAGCUUCAAGAGUGUGCUGCGUUGCCCACCAAGAUGGCCACUUCCUUCGUCGCAGGGCACUGGUGGGUUUAAGUGGUGCGGUAGUUUUGGGGUUGGGUUGGGGUGAUGAGCAAAGUGCAAUGGGUGCUUCAAAAAGGCCUCCGCCACCGCCACCAAAAGAGAAAAAGGAUCCAAAUGUGAGUGGUGUUCAGGCAAAAGUAAUGGCUAGCAAGAAGAGAAAAGAGGCCAUGAAAGAAUCAAUAGCCAAGCUAAGAGAGAAGGGGAAGUCCAUUAAUAAAGAGCUACCUCCUGCACCUCAAGAAGCACCACCUCCUGCACCUGAAGAAUAGCUUCUUGUUCAGCUGUUAACCCUUCCAAUGUGAUGCAGUGUGUGUGGACGCACGCUGCAUCACAAUGUCACCUACUCAUCAUGGUUAAUAUAUUAUUGCUGGACUACUAUUAUUUUUUGAUGGAAUACGACCGUUUCGCCUA